AGUGUUCCCCAAAGAGCGUAAUGGCUGCGAUGUUUACUCGUUUGAAACGCACAUGCGAUUUGUUUUUAUAUCGCCGGCCCCAACGCCUUCUUGCAGUAAUGUCAUCCUAAACGAGUGCAAUUGUAUAUCGUUGCGCACGGCGUGGUGCUUGUGGUGAAGUAAUACGGCGUGAAGGCGACGUUAAUGCGGUCGGUUUCAUGGCGUCCUUCGAGGAAGAUGUCUGCUACUGGGAAUCUGUGGAUGUCGAAAGUGACUUUCAAGCCGACACAGCGCUCUUCAGGGACGCCAGCUGCGAUGACUUGCUUGAAUUCAAUGACACCUUCAAGCCUCUGUGGCAAACAGAUGCCCGAAUAGCCGCUACCAUUGAUGGAACGGUUGAGAUUGAGGCUGGCUGCAUAGCAGAGGCAAACACCGUUGAAGUCAAAACCGAAAAGCAGUCUCCGACUGCUCCUGCAGGAACUAGCGGCGCAUCAACGCCAAGGAAGAAAUGGACGGCCGAAGAAGAAGCCCUUUUGUUGCAAUGCAUGAAACAACAUGGGAAUAAGUGGAGCAAGAUUUCUGCCCUCAUCAAGACCAAGAGCACCAUACAAGUCAAGACACACGCUCACUACCUCCUUAGGAAAAAUGCUCACCAAGGAAAAACCUGCGGCCAAGUUAAUGACAACCCCGUGCCUGUUGCCACACCGAAAGGACCAGCGGCAAGACCGACCAAGAAGCCGACGAAGACGAAACCGCAAGCCACCUCGCGCAACGAGAACGUGAUUGUGCUGAAGGAGGCUGAAGCCAUCGAGACCUUGAAGAACAAGUUUCCGGAAAGUGAAAUCGUCAGCAUCGACAAGUCCGCCGACGAGGAGGACGACAUAGACAUCGACUGCGACGGCACCGACGACGUCGUGUUUUCCCCGCCCAGUUCCCCGAUCCGCAAGAGUGAUGCGUUUGCUGGAGUAGCUACCCCCAAACCAGCAACCGAUUCAUCCGCAGAAGACACGGAGAACGAAACAAGUCCAGACAGGCUGUUGCUGGAGGGUAUGGAGGAAAGUGCGUCUAGUGCCGUGACAUUUGAGCCUCCUGUGGCCGAAGUCGUGCUGGACAAGUCCGAGAUCAGCAAAGAUGAAAAGAUAAUCCAUUCGGAGUUCUUUUCCGGAAGCUCUUCCAAAACACCAGAAAGGUACCUCAGAAUCAGGAACUUCAUAAUUGAUGCCUGGAACACCCAGAAGCCGCGAUACCUGAACAAGACCCAGGCAAGGCAGGGGCUCAAGAACUGUGGCGACGUGAACUGCAUCGGAAGAAUCCACGACUACUUGGAGCAGAUUGGGGCUAUCAACUUCGGUUGUCCUCAGGUGACGUACCAAAGGACAAAGCAGCUGUCCCACUUAAAACCGUUGCAGAAAAGGAGGGAGCCAAGACCUGACGUGGAGAGGCCGCAGAGACGGAAAACUGCAAGCCUAGGAGACGUGCUCAACAUUGACGUCAAAGGAGGCGGUGUGACACUAGAACAUGGCUCCGAGGGAAGUGUCAUCUCUCAGACGCUCGUGCGCUCCAAGCCGAAACCAGGUCGUCAUCAGCAGAAUCCUUUCAAGCUGAUACCCUGCAGAAAUUACGACGAGGGCCAGGAGCCAUUCAACAUUGAGGUGUCGGUGACUGCCUUUUUGAGGAUGGACAUUCAUGCGCACCUUCUCAACACGGAGGUCAUCGGACUCUUGGGCGGCUACUACGAUAUGCACAGGAACUGCCUGGUCAUCUCCACCGCAGAAGCUUGCGACUCAGUGAGCACGGACCUCGAAUGUGAAAUGGACUCCGUGUCUCAGACUCAAGCCAUGGACUCCCUUCAGGAGCAAGGCUUUGACGUUGUUGGCUGGUACCACUCGCACCCAACAUUCGUGCCGAACCCGUCGGUGAGGGAUCUGACGACGCAGCGGGACUAUCAGGCGCUCUUCUCCAGCCAGGGAAGACCCUUUGUUGCGGCCAUCUUGAGCCCGUUUCUGCAGUUGGAUGCCUCCGUUCUGCCAGCCAAGGGGCUUUCCACCCGCACCAAGUGGUGGAUAGUGCGAGAGAAUGACGACCCAAAUCGUGCGGGAACCGGCAGCCCGUCUCUUGUGCCUUACGCCUUCAGUGUGAAGCUCUUGAAGGCAGACCAGUCAUUUGUCCAGGACGUCACGCCGGUGGUUCACCAGCUGGUCAACAGGGUCUCGUCCUGUGCAGCCAAGGUGGAGCUUUCCAAACCUUACCCCUGGCGGGCAUCACUUCGCUAUUUAGACAAGAUGCUGGCCAGCCUCCAGUUUCACAUAACAAACUCGGAAACUUCUGUAGGAGAUGCUACGGAAAUCUUGCAAGCCAUUCAUGCAGCAUUAACAGACAUCUAGCAACUACUUCCACGCUACCCUCGCAUGCGGGGCACAUUUUUAGUUUUUAUUUUGUGUAAAAAAAAUGAUGAAAGAAUUGCAUGUAUUUUGAUCGUCCUCAUCGUUCGUGUCGUUAAGGCAGUCGAGUGCAAUUUCACUUUGCGACGUAAACAAGUACUCGAUGUACUAUGCAAAAACACAUCGGAAUGAUCGAGCUUUUUAAACUUGUCAUUCAUAGUGGUCUUUCACGUGUAUGCGUUCUUACCCAGAAAGCGGAAUUUAGAUUGUGGUAACGACGUUUGCAUUGCUUUAUCAAUUUCUUGUUUGUUUGUGACAGCGCGUGAAUGUUUAUCUCAGCAGAUCUCCUGACCACCUCAUGCAUCAUCGCUUCAUCUUCGAGCCGUUGGACUUACUUCACUCAGAGGGUACUUAUUUAUGCAAACCUUGUGUUUUUUCUCCAGUUAUGUAUGUUCUUUUCUAGACAACACACGAAAUCGGCAAACAUUGGUCGGAGCCAUAUGCAGCUGCCAGUGCGGGGUCUAGAUAAAAAAAAAAUUUACGAGUGCGGGCAACAGAUAGGGUUCUUCCGAUUACACUGCAAUUUCCAGAGCCCUCCACUACGGCGUCUCCGUAAUCAUAUUGUGGUGUCCAGGACGUGAAACCCCAACAAUUAUUACUAGAAGCAAGUUGCCUCUUUACAGUUGUUAUCUACAUUGGCGUACCGAGUGUAACAUUGUAACAUCACAUAACGAGUGAUGCUACAGGUGAUGCUUUUACCGCGCGCAUUUGUUUGAAUCAGUUGUAAGCAACCGGCUGCGGUCCUCGUUAACUUGUUUUCCCAUAAUGUCUCUUUAAAAAUGAAGCACCAUUGUUUCACUUUUUUCAUGUCACUUCAUUCGUUCGUUCAUUUCAUUUAUUAUUCACGUGAUAAAUAGUGGGGACUUCAGCUUUGUGACCAUAUGGCGAGCUACAUUAGCUGGCUGUAUUCAUUUUGUAAAUAAAUGGUAAAAUGCUUUUCAUUUUUGCCAAUUGCUGGCCCCAGAAAGGUGCCUAACGGUAGUCGCGGCACAAAGGGUGACCGUCGAUGGCAGCGCAACGCAGCAAGGAAUAAUCAUUUGCAGCCUUUGACUGGUGCUCAGCAAUUUUCAAUCACCGGUGACCGAUAUGAUGCAUUACGUAUUCAAGGAAGUUUGCUUUCCAGUUGGUGCAGUGACAUAAGAUCUAAACUAAGCACUGCAACUCUGCUUAAAGGGACAGUAAAGAGCAACACGAUUUUUCUCAUAUUAGUAAAAGUACUUUUUCACGAUACCAAAAACACCACGCUUGCUGCGAGAAGACACUUAGUAAGCGAGAAAACGCGCAAAAACAAAAUGUGGGUGGCGACGCCGCCUUGAAGUUUCCGCACCAUUCGCUGUGACGUCAUAUGUUUUGACGGCGCCCACUAGGGACUAUGUACAUAGUUCCUAAUCGGUAAAAAUGAAGUACAUUGUCCUCUGAGGGGGUGAUAGACAUAACAUACUAAGUUUGGGGUGAUUUUUUUGACCCAGUGGCGCCAAAAUAUGAUAAGUAGUACACUUUGAAAUCUGCGACGUCACGCGGGGAGAUUUCAGCGCGAAAUUUAAAAAUGAAACUUUGAACCUGAUUUUCUCCUGUGUAAAUAAACCUAUGAUGGCAAAAUUAAUGACAUUAGAGUUCUCUGAGCACAAUUUAUCGAUCUAAACGGAUUCAUUGCUUCUCUUUAGUGUCCCUUUAACAUUUGUAUGGAUAUGAUAUAGUACUAAGAGUAAAAGGAAUGGUGCAUAAAACCUCGAUAUACUGAACAUUAGGAAAAAAUUAAGAAUUGCCUCGCUGCCUCUUGCAUUACAACGAAUAUACAGUAAAACCUCGUUAACUUGUUUUCCCGUUAACCCCAUUUUGAUACGCUAUAUGGAUUCUGGCAUAAGCUCUUUUUGUUUGAGAUAAAAUAUGCAAAAUGCUUGGAGCUGACACCACGGUCAGGAAAUUAAUUGCUGUUGGUAUUUGAAGACAUCAUAAUUCGAGUUAACGAGGAUUUACUGCAGCUUUAUGAGAAAAAUUGGAUUUAACAUAACAAUUUUUGUCUUAGAUACAAGUUUGUUAUAACGAGGUUCACUUGUACUAAUUUUUACUACUUUAUUAUAGCAGUUUCAUUUUGCACACAACUACUUGCGUGGUCUUUUAUUCAUUGUCUUGAUAUUGAGUAUUGCAUAAGAUUUAAAGCAUUGUUGCCACUACGUAUAUUUUACUGUUGAAAGGUAUAAUAAAGCUCUUUACAU